AUGAGUCCGCCAGUUCACGUUGAAGUGGUUCAAAAAUUACAAAGUCGCGCUAGCAAGGAUUAUAUUAAGGAAAUGGUACAUUCUUUACUCAUAAAUUUUGUGUCCAUUAGUCCUGGGUCUUCCUUAACAGAGAAAGACUUGGAAGACAAUCUCGACCUCACGGAACAUGUCCAAAUGAUAUCUUUCUGUGAUAUUGAUCAUGAAACAGAAGUGUCAGUGACUCAAGCGGAGUUCGUCUAUCACAUAUAUAAAUUAGACUCUUUCGGUGCAGAAACGGAUACAAUGACAGACUCAAGCACUGGUGAAGAAUUUGCAGCAGCGGAUAUGUGGGCCCUGCCUAGCCAGGAAUUCCACGGUCUGUGGGAGACUUUGAUUUAUGACACUAAACUAAAAGAGGAUACUGUGCGAUUUGUCGAAACCGCAUUCGACUUCGCCGAUAAGGGCGUCGAUCCUAACGUGGUCGGGUGGAAUCGAGUAGUGCUUCUACACGGGCCGCCCGGAACCGGCAAGACCAGCCUAUGUCGCGCCCUUGCACAAAAACUAUCUGUACGCCUUAGCGAUCGUUUUCCGCGAGCUAGGCUCGUCGAAAUAAAUGCUCACGGACUCUUCUCUAAAUGGUUCGCCGAAAGCGGGAAGCUCGUGGCACGCCUGUUCGAGCGCCUAGAAGAAAUCGUAGCAGACAAGCGUCUGCUGGCCUGCGUACUCGUGGAUGAGGUGGAAUCACUAGCACACGCCCGUCGAGCGGCUCUGUCCGGCUUGGAGCCAUCGGACUCCAUCCGCGCCGUGAAUGCCCUACUUACGCAGCUAGACCGACUUCGGCGGCGACCAAACGCUCUCGUGCUCACCACCUCCAAUGUGACUGGCGCCAUCGACGUAGCGUUCGUGGACCGCGCAGAUAUCAAGCGUCGUGUGGGCCCACCUUCGGCGCGUGCUACGUAUGAAAUUUUACGCGGUUGCUGUAGCGAGCUGAUGACGCGCGGCGUUGUGGCCCCGCGGGAGCCUGUGUUCGAGCUGCGUCUCUUAGAGGAUUCGCGUUUCGCAGAGAGCGAGUCGUCACGCCCAAGCCUGCGCCUAUGGGAGGUGGCGCUAGAGGCUGCGGCAGCGCUCAUGUCGGGCCGAGCGCUGCGACGCCUGCCGUUCUUGGCGCGUGCAUUGCACGCGCGCCAGCCGGGCGCCCCCGACCUGCUUCACUUUGUGAUGGCAUUACGUGCUGCUCUACAUCAAUAUCUGGCAGAUGCGGCUGAGUUAGAAGAUGACUCUUGCCCUGUUUCAAAUUAA